AUGGGUAACGAGGAACUAUGUGGAGCAUCUCGAUUCCAUGUCAUGGAAUGCAAAGAAGGUAAAGGAAAACCGAGAAACAUCGCCAUAUUUCUCAAGUAUGUUUUGCCAUCUCUUGUAUCUGUGGUGUUUGUUGCUAUUCUACUGGUUUGGCUGCUUACAUUCUGGAAGAGAAACAAACAAAGGAAACCUCGGGCUGAAGAUACACUUGAUGUUGAACUCAAGAGGAUUUCAUACUAUGAAAUUCUUGGUGCUACAGAAGACUUUGAUGAGAGCAACUUGAUAGGCAGGGGGAGUUUUAGCUCAGUAUUCAAGGGAACUUUUGCUGCUGGGCUGGUUGCUGCUAUAAAGGUCUUCAAUUUGGAUGUGCAAGAUUCAAUCAGAAGCUUUGAAGUAGAGUGUCAAGUGCUAAGGAAUGUCCGGCACAGAAAUCUUGUCAAAGUAAUAACCAGCUGUUCCAACCUUGACUUCAAAGCUCUGAUUUUAGAGUAUAUGCCCAAUGGGAGCUUACACAAAUGGCUUUAUUCACAUAAUUAUUUCCUAGAUAUCUAUCAGAGGCUAGGAAUAAUGAUGGAUAUUGCGAAUGCACUCGAGUAUAUGCAUCAUGGCCAUUCUUUUCCAGUGGUUCAUUGUGAUUUGAAGCCUGGCAACAUUCUUUUAGAUGAAAACAUGGUUGCACAUGUUGGUGACGUUGGUAUAGCUAAGCUACUGGACAAAGAUAAGACCACUAAGCAGACAAAAAUCAUGGGCACAGUUGGAUACAUGGCUCCAGAGUAUGGUUCUGCAGGAAUUAUAUCAAGCAUGGGAGAUGUAUACAGUUUUGGGAUUCUACUAAUGGAAGUAUUCACGAGAAAGAAGCCCACAGAUGAGAUGUUCCAAGGAGACUUCACCAUGAGGAGAUGGGUGUCUGAGUCAUUACCUGAUGCAAUAAUGCAGAUUGUUGAUUCCAAUUUACUGACAGGAGAAGAAGGUGGAGGGCAAGAAAUAGAGGAGUGCUUCUUGAUGGUGAUGGGAUUAGCCGUAGAAUGCACAGCUGAUUUUCCAGAGGAGAGGAUGAGCAUAGAAGAUGUUGCAGUAAGACUUAAGCAUACACUGCACAAGUUCACCCAAAAUACAUCUUGAUCGAGGUUCAAUUCGGCAGUAAACUAGUUUGCUUUCUUCAAAACGGUGCUCAAUAUUCGGAUUGCUUUUAUUGAU